UCUUUUGACGCUCUUUCACUCCUCUUUACACACGCGCGCCUUUCGUGUGAAAUACCACCAAGAGGUUGAAACCUGCCGGAAUAAACUGACACAAGUCCACCUGAAAAAAAAAAACAAAAAAAAAAAAAAGAAGAAGGAUUAUUUAUUAUUAUUAUUUUUAACAAAAAGCUUUUUUCCCCCCCUUUUUCAACAAGUUUUGCCGUCAUGAGGAUUUGGAGUGUUGUGCUUUUGCUGCUUCACGCUCUGGUGGCGUCUAGACUGGCGUGCGGCGCGGCGGUGGACCGGUAUGACAGCGACAGGCAGCGGCACACUGCUGUCGUCAACUUCCAGGGCACGAGCAAAGACGGAAGGCCGGAGGAGGAGAGCAGAGGAGGCGCAGCGGCCGCUCCAUCCGGGGAGGAUGAGGAUGAGGGGUAUGAUGAUGAAUACUACCACGAUGGAGACGAAUAUGAGGACAGCACGUCUGGGGAUGAUGAAGUGGAAGUGGCGAGAGUUGCUAUGUCAAGCAAGCCCCAAGCCCCAUCUGCCAUUCUGGAAGCAGAAAGCAGUGAAGGACAGAGAAGGCGAGGAAAGGGAAGAAAGAAGGGGAAAGGGAAAGGAAAGAAGAGAAAUCCUUGCCUGAAGAAGUAUAAAGAUUUCUGCAUCCACGGCACCUGUCAGUACCUGAGGGACAUCCGACGUCCCUCAUGUGUGUGCCACCUGAGUUACUCCGGGGAAAGAUGUGAGUUCUUCACUCUCCCCGUGGAAAGGCCUCAAGAGGGCUACAACCGUACCACGGCUCUGGCUGUGGUGGCUGUCGUGCUCUCGUCCAUCUGCCUCACCAUCAUCGGCCUUUUGCUCAUGCUCAGGUUUCACAAGCGGGGAGCGUAUGAUGUAGAGAAUGAGGAGAAGGUCAAGUUAGGGUUAGCAUCCAACCACUGAAGAGACAAAGAAGGGCAGAGGAGCGGAGAUACUACCUCAAAAUAGAAAGAGAAGCGAACCAAGGAAGGAGGUCCUGGAGAAAAGCAAAGGAACACAGACGGCUGAAGAAGGGAAACAGGGGGUGUCCGCUUCACCCCUUGCUGGAUGUUCACGUGAAAAAAAAAAAAAAAUGGACAGCUCAGCAUAUUCCUGCAGGCCUCAGGAGAAAGCGGCCAUAUCUGAAAGUGGAAUACUGGACGGGCCGGAUAAUGGACUGAAAUGGAAGCGUGGCAGGCACAAGGUUAUGACAAGUUGUAGAAGAAGAAGAAAAAGAAGAAGGAACAUUUGCUGCCUCUGAUUGUGUGAAGAGAAUUUUCAAACUGAACUGAAUCUAUUUCAAUAACAACAGAGAGAAUUCAAUUUGUAAUUUUUUGUCUGGAAAAAAAGGCAAAACAGGCAGCGUUUUAUAUUUUCCUGCACAAGCGCAUUAUUAUUUUAUUUUUUUCUGUACAGUAAACAGUAUAUUUAUACUUUUUAAUUUAUUUAUUUAAGGUAACUGUAUUUAUGUAGGCUUUAACCUCCUUCAACAGUUCAAAAUGGAUGUUGCAGUUGUUUUUAUAUUCCUUAGUGGACAUUAUUUAUUUCAGAAAAAGUACAAUGCUUGCGGCUCCUGGACAAAAAAAGUGUUAUAAAAAAGAUAUGACCAUUUUUUUUAUUUAAUUUUGGCACUCAGAACAUGAUCAGUAGCACUGUGAUUUCUUUUUUAAAAGGUCUUUUUACUGAUUAGUAUUAUUUUUUUUAACUGUCAUUUUCACUGAAAACAAACAAUCUUUGCGGUAUGCUGCACAAGUAAAUUGACGCAUGGGACAGGUGAGGGUUCAUUGGUGAUAAAUGCCUCACUCAGAGUUGUCUGUGUCUGAGUGUUAAUUGACAAAAUGGCUAUGAAACAUUCAAAAGGGAGUCCAAUAUAACAUUUGGGUCUGGAGCUGAAGCACUGUUGAAAGUAUUUUGGUGUAAAAUUGUUGUUUUUGUCUUUGUCUUACCAUCCUUAAAAGAGAAACACUUACAGCAACUAUCAAGCAAUAAAAUGUGAAUUCAAGUUUUCAUUGCUUUCAAAACUGCAUUCUGAAUUUUUAAUUUUUUUUAAAAAUGUGAUUUAAAUAAAUAAAAGAUUAGAAUUCUUGA